AACUGUGGACUACAACUCCCACCAUCCGGAUCGAUACGCGCGCAGGAGAUCUUCCAGGAUGUCACAAAUCCUCUAGAACGGCGCGCUGGAGAAGCACCACGGGCAGAUUUCCACCCACUGAUUCACGGGAGAUGUAGUUCAUAGGCCGUGUUUCCUCGUUGCACGUGGGGACGGCGUGCAAAUGUUUCUUACGGGAUGCCUACUGCUCUUAAGGCGCUGUCUCAGGGAAGCGCAGCACUCCAGGCUGGGAAUUCCCGCUCGAGAUUUAAGGUGUACCCUGAACUAUCCCAUGAAGUACAUCCUGGUAACUGGUGGUGUCAUCUCAGGGAUUGGUAAAGGAAUUAUUGCAAGCAGCAUAGGUACCAUCUUGAAAUCAUGUGGUCUACGAGUUACUGCAAUCAAAAUAGAUCCAUACAUUAACAUAGAUGCUGGGACCUUCUCACCAUAUGAACAUGGUGAGGUUUUUGUCCUAAAUGAUGGUGGAGAAGUUGACCUAGACUUGGGAAACUAUGAAAGAUUCUUGGACAUUAACCUUUACAAGGAUAACAACAUCACCACUGGAAAAAUCUACCAACAUGUCAUCAAUAAAGAGAGGCAUGGGGAUUACUUGGGGAAAACAGUUCAAGUUGUACCACAUAUUACCGAUGCUGUUCAAGAAUGGGUAAUGAAUCAGGCAAAGGUUCCUGUGGAUGGUGAUAAGAAAGAACCACAGAUAUGUGUAAUUGAGCUGGGUGGAACUAUUGGAGAUAUUGAAGGAAUGCCCUUUGUAGAAGCUUUCCGACAGUUCCAAUUUAAGGCCAAAAGAGAGAACUUCUGCAAUAUCCAUGUCAGCCUUGUACCACAGCCUAAUGCUACUGGAGAACAGAAAACAAAACCUACUCAAAACAGUGUCCGGGCUUUAAGAGGACUCGGUCUGUCUCCGGAUUUGAUAGUCUGCAGAAGUACUAAACCAAUAGAAAUGGCAGUGAAAGAAAAGAUCUCCAUGUUUUGCCAUGUGGAACCUGAACAGGUAAUAUUCAUCCAUGAUGUUUCUUCCACUUACCGAGUCCCAAUUCUGUUAGAAGAGCAAGGCAUAAUUAAAUAUUUUAAAGAGAGGUUGAACCUGCCAAUUGAUGACCGACCAAGUGAUCUUCUCUUCAAAUGGAAAAAAAUGGCAGAUAGAUAUGAGCGGAUGUUGAAGACAUGUUCUGUAGCUCUGGUUGGCAAGUAUACGAAAUUGAGUGACUGCUAUACCUCCGUUUUCAAGGCCUUAGAGCAUUCAGCUUUGGCAAUUAACCACAGACUCGACUUAAUGUAUAUAGAUUCAACAGACCUGGAACAUAAUACUGAGGUAGAGAAUCCUGUGAAAUUCCAUCAAGCCUGGCAGAAACUCUGCAAAGCAGAUUGCAUAUUAGUUCCUGGAGGCUUUGGUCAUAGGGGAACUGAAGGAAAACUUCAAGCCAUUUCAUGGGCAAGAAAAAAGAAAAAGCCUUUUCUUGGAGUCUGCUUGGGGAUGCAACUGGCAGUAGUGGAGUUUGCAAGGAAUUGUCUGAAGUGGCAAGAUGCAAAUUCUACAGAAUUUGACUCAAACACAAAGAAUCCUGUUGUUGUUGACAUGCCUGAACACAAUCCUGGAGACAUGGGAGGAACAAUGAGACUAGGGAAAAGGAAAACUAUCUUUAAAACAGAGGACUCUAUCUUAAGGAAACUCUAUGAUGAUGAAGUAUUUGUGGAAGAACGCCACAGGCAUCGCUAUGAGGUAAACCCUGAGUUGACUCACUUCUUUGAAGAGAAAGGUUUAAAAUUUGUUGGCCAUGACACUGAAGGGAAGAGAAUGGAGAUCAUUGAACUGAGUGAUCACCCAUAUUUCAUUGGUGUCCAGUUCCAUCCAGAGUUUUCUUCAAGACCUAUGAAGCCUUCACCUGCCUAUCUUGGUCUCUUGCUUGCUGCAACAGGGUCGCUUGGUGCAUACUUGCAGCGUGGAUGUAAAUUAUCUCCUAGUGACAGCUACAGUGACCUCAGUGAUGAUAGUUUUCCAGAAAAAGAACUUCCUGAAUCAGAAAAAAACUGAACAUUGUUUAGAAUAGGACACAG